UGUUAAACUUCUGGAUGUUACUGUUUCCUUGUUGUUGUUGGUUUGCUUCGUGUCAGCAUCGGCGACGUGUUCCGUACAAUUCUCACGAAAAUUCUUGUGACCAGGACGGUUAUAACAAGACUUUUCUUGGCAGCUGUUAAGUUCCAUACGUUAAAAAGUACAAUUCAGGUUCAGCAGAGUACAGCUGGUUGUUAAUAUAGCCCUCACCUAUCUGUAUAUUGCUACAUCGCCCACUUAGAAAGCCAGUUGGAGGCCCUAAGACGGAUGAGUAGAAGCAGUGCUAUAAUGAGGACACUGGAUCUCCCGGGCGAGAUGUCUGCGUCCAGCACGGAGAUCAUCGGGUCUCUGAAUGAGUACGCCAUCAUGCUCCUACAGGAGCUUAAAAACAAGGAAGAUUGCCAUAAGCAACUGGAGGGAGCGCUGGAGGAGUACAAGCGGAAGUUUGCAGUUAUUCGCCAUCAGCAGGGACUGCUGUACAAAGAGCACCAAAGUGAAAAGGAGCGUUGGCAGAGAGAGCGAGAGAAACUUGUGGAAAUGAAGAAUCGGCUUGAGGAGCAGAAAGAGUUGGAUUCUGUGAAAAUAAACGAGUUUAAUCAUUGGCUGCAGGUUCUGGAAAUGGACCCAACAGAAAUCAAAAAGCAGGUCUCAGAAGUGGCUCGGAAAAUGACAGUGUUAUGUGUAAACGAGAAGUCCCUGCUCCGACGCUACACCACCUUGCUGGAGAUGGAGCAGUUCUUGAGGAAAGAAAACAACAAGUUAAAGAAUGACUUCAUGGAAAUGGAGGCCACGGUUAUUGAAAGAAUAGGCUACCUGCAGAGAUACAAGGAUAUGGCUGCAUUCAAAAUAGCAGCCUUACAAAAUGCACUGGACAGUAGUGUACCAUCAUCUGAACUUGAGAGAGCAAACAAACAGUACAGCGAGCUGACAAUCAAAUACAGAGACAUCCUGGAAAAAGACAACCACCUUGUUCAGAGGACAAACAACCUGGAACAUUUAGAGACUGAGAACGUUUCUCUCCGUGAGCAAAUUGGGGCCUUGAACAAAGAACUGGAGAUAACAAAAGAAAAACUUCACACAUUAGAACAGGCCUGGGACUACAUGACUAAAUCAAGUGGGGAGUCCAGUAUGGACAAGGCAGCAAAAUCCAUCACCAACAGUGAGAUCCUGUCCAUCUCCAAGAGGAUCACCAUGCUGGAGAUGAAGGAGUUGAAUGAACGGCAGAGGGCUGAACAUGCACAGCACAUGUAUGAGCAACUGAGGAACUCCUUGAAACAAGUGGAGGAACGCAACUUUGAACUGGAGACCAAAUUCGCUGAGUUGACAAAGCAGAACCUAGAAGCCCAAAAGUUAGAAGAGGAGCUUCGCGACGAGUUGGCCAACAGUGUGAGCAGAGCAGUGAGCGAUGCGGACCGAAGGCGGAUCGCAGAGCUGGAGAGAGCUGAAGCACUGCUGAAAGUUGAAGUCUCAAAGUUAAAGGAAGUGUCAGAUGUGGCAAAGAUGCAAGUGUCCACUCUAGAGACCAGGCAGCAGUCCAGGGAGAAGGAGCUGGAAUCUCUCAGAAAGCAGGUUCUGGAUUAUCAAUCGCUAUCUGAUGAGAAUGCCCUCAUCGCCAAGCUCCAUCAGCACAUAGUGGCACUGCAGGUGAGCGAGAGCACAUCGGUGAGCAAACUGGAGGCCGCGGUUCUCCAGGUGCAGAAGCUGGAGGCCCAGAAGUUGCGGUUAGAGCAACAGCUGGAUGACAAGGAACAGGCUCUGUACUUUGCCCGCUUGGAGGGGCGCAACCGUGCCCGUCACCUGCGGCAGACAGUGCAGUCUCUGCGCAGGCAGUUCUCUGGUGCCCUGCCAUUGGCCCAGCAGGAGAAGCUUUCACGAACCAUGAUGCAGCUGCAGAAGGACAAGCUGAAGCAGUUGCGAGAUGCUCUGCAGGCAGAGCAGGAGAGGAAGAAGGCGGAGGAGAAGGCUCUGGAGCUGGAGCUCCGACUUGGAGGUCUGGAAGAGCUCACAGCCACCCUGAAGGAUGUGAAAGGAGCGCAGAAGGUGAAAAAGUGGUACAAAGAAAUGGAGGAAGUCCGUCUUAAGGAGCUGCGGUACAUCAAGGUGAUCAGCUCUCAGAAGGAGGAGAUAAAAUACCUGAAGAACAUGGUGGCAGAGCAGGAACGCACCAUCAGCACUUUAGAGGAAGAGAUUAUUCAACAGACCAAAUUUCAUGAGGAACAACAGGUGUCCUGGGAUCAGAGGGAGGUGGAAUUGGAGCGGCAACUGGAGGUUUAUGAGAAGCAGCGUAAUGAAAUUCUUGGCACCACCCAAAAGCUACAAGAGUCUUCUGGAUCUUUACCCGACCCCAGCAUACCUCUUGCUCACCAGCUAGAUGUUGCACUGAGGAAAACCAAAGAAGAUGGCCGCACCAUCCGUGAAAUGCAAGCAGUUUGCAGAGCUCUUGAUGAAAAACUCAAGGAGAAAGAAGCUGCCCUGUGGAAAGCAGAGCAGAAUAUUCUGUCUCGCGACAAGGUGAUAAAUGAGCUGCGACUGCGCCUUCCUGCUGUUGCCCAGAGGGAGAUUCUCCUGACUGACCUGGGCAAGCAUGAUGAAGAUCAAGAGAACCAGGUGGGUCUGAAGGUGGCCCACCAAGCCAUCGACAGCCUGCAGGCUCAGCUUUCCCAGAAGGAGGAGGUACUCAAGAAGUACCAGAGUUUGUUGGCCAGAGCCAGACAGGAGCAAGAAGACAUGACAAAAAAGUAUGAAGAGGACUUCAGGAUUCUCCAUAAGAAACUGGAUUUUCAUACUGACUCAUCACUGGAUAUGCUGAAGCAGACUGCUUUGGAACUGAUGAAGAAUCCCAUCAUAACAGUUCCUACCACAAAGCACUUGGUAUGCCUUGCUGGGUUCGAGCAGACUGUGGUGGAGCAGGACAACUCUCUGUCCUCUCUUAGUGAAAAACUUGCAGCUUCGCCUGCUGAAUUGGAGCAGCAAAGUCGAACCACUGCGAAGACAAGCCAUUUCACCAGCAAGAGAGCAAGACUGGAGGAGAUUCAUAAUGCCCAGGUGAAGAGGCUAGAACAGGAGGCAGAAGAGCUGCGUGGUCAGUUAUCUCAGAUGGAGAGAGAAGUACAGUGUCUAAGAACAGAGCUGGAGGCCCAGAAAGAAGUCAACAUCAGGUCUCCCACCACCACAAAGCACUUUGUAGAGCAAACCAAAGCCCAACUUGCCCUUAAAGAAAAACAGCAGGAGGUAGAAUGGGCAUGCUAGUCAACUCAGUUACUUUGACUUGUUAUUGAAAAUGUUACCCAGGUUCAUGGUAUACACUUGUGUCACACCUGUCCUCCAGGUGCUUGGCAAAGCCCUGAUAGAAUUUCGGUCAAAAAUCACAACACAUGCAGAGCAGGAAAACCUUGCCAGUGCUGUACAGAAAGAGGAGAGUUCCAAAAUUCAGUAGAUUGUUGACAAGCACACCAAGGAUAUGAGGAUGAAGUAGGAGUGACAACUUGUCAGAAAGUUACACCUGUGAAACACAAAAGACUGAUCAAUUUUAAAUCAUAUUUAAUUUAAUUUACAGAGACCAUAAGAAAUGUUUAAAUAAGGUAUACAGCAAAUGUACACUGUACUGUAGACAUUAAAAAAAAAAAUUUAACGUUUUUGUUUUAGGCUUGUAUCCAGGGCAUCCAUAAGGAGUUUCAAACCACCAAACAGAGCUUCAGAGCAGUAAACAGGAGGAAAA